UUUUCAGAAUACGUUCGCCGAGGCACCGCACUCGUUGUCGGAAUUCCGCGCAAUAUAUCGCAACAUGCGUUCGCUAAUUAGAUUUUCCACCUUCGUUGCUGUGCUCACGACAUGUUUGGCACUCAACUGUUACCAAUGUAAUGACGAUAAUAACUGCGGGGAUUCGAUGUCACCUAACGUGAAAGUCAGAGAAUGUCCGACAUCCCUAUCAGAAUACAGUGCUACGCGAUUCUUAGGAGAGCCGGUUAAGGCUAAGGACGGGAAGGAUGAGAUUUUCUGCUUCAAACUUACAGCAUCAGUUAAUAACGUACCAUCCAAUAUCACCGUUAGAGACUGCUUUCCGAACAUUAACUGUUCGACGAUCUUCAGUAACCUGCAGAAAAAUUACAAAGGGUACUCUGCAACAUGCCGUACGUGCAAUUAUAACUUGUGCAACGGUUCCUCGAGCAUCUUGGCGACCAGCUUUUCCAUUUUUUCAACAUUUCUAAUAUCGUCUUACUAUUUCUCGUAAUUUUUUUUUAAACCGUAACAUAAGCAUUCGACGGCCGGAUGGACAACCGUUUAAUUUCGAUAUAAGUGCUAUUUAUAAUUAUUAAUAUGUAAUUUAUUUUUGUACUGUUGUUCUUUUAUUUAAUUGUGCUAAUACAAAUUUUUUUAAGUAUC